CACUACAACUCUUUUUUGAAAACUAGCUGCUUUUAGGCCUUGUCACCACGAACUCGAUCCAAAUUCCCCUUCCCAAAGUAGCGACGGCGAGGUCACAGUACUCUCUCUCUUUCUCUCUCACUCUGUUUGUUAUUCAGAUUGGUGGCACUUUCUCUCACCGCCCUUCAAUAGUUUCCUGGCAUCACAUCGGACCUAGCAGCGCUGCUCCUAAGACUAAUGUCAGUUCCUAACGAGGAUAAUAUGACAUCUCAUUCUCAGCUUUCAUCUCAUUUUUUGGGGGAUCUCCUUGAUUCCAUAAUUGUUGAUGUCGCAUCUGAGUGUCAUCGAAUAGCAAGGUUGGGCCUUGAUCGUAAUUUGGAAGAAGAGGAGGAAGAAUUGAGGCUGUCAGCACAAGCCCGGGUAAGGGUAGCUGAUCCCAGUAAUAGUGGUGAAGCUAAUAGCAAAUAUGUGGUUGACAUAUUUGGACAAACUCAUCCUCCUGUAGCCAAUGAAAUAUUUGAGUGCAUGAAUUGUGGUCGAUCUAUAAUGGCUGGGAGAUUUGCCCCUCAUUUGGAGAAGUGCAUGGGAAAGGGUAGAAAGGCUCGACCGAAGGCAACAAGAAGUAGCACGGCUGCACAGAACCGGUAUUCGAGAGGCAGCCCUGUUUCCACAUAUUCUGCUUAUUCAAAUUCCACCAGCACAAACCGGUUAUCAAACGGAACAUCCGGUGCUGCAGGUGAGGAGUACUCAAAUGGCACAUUUCCAGAGCCAUGAAACUGAUGAGCUUGUCAGGCCAAUGACCGAUACCAUCAUAUACCUGGCUGAGGAAAUAUGUUUCAGUUCUUCUUUUGGUGGGGGCUGAAUAUUCAACAUGAUUCUCUCAGUUUGGUGUGCCAUAGCAGAGCAUAUCUUAUGAAAGUAUAAUGAGUUCAUAGCUCUUUAGAUGUUUGGACUCGAACAAUUGUGAACAGCUUGUGUACCAAUAUCAAUAUGGUUCCAAUUCGGGAAAGAGUAAGAAAGGCAAAUGGAAAUUUCUAAAUAUUAUAAGACUUUGGUGUUGAGUGAAUUUCUGUACUUUUUUU